AUGGAGGCGGCCACAAUACAAGGACUCGCUUACUUCCUAGCCGAAGUUGAUGGUUAUGUUCACCCAAUCUGUGCCUAUGUAGUUCUGCUCCUGGAAUUCCCCAUCAUCCUGGGCAAGCCGUGGUUGAAGGCCAUGCGCGCUUACUCUGUACCCCACGAGAAACGGAUGUGGAUGGGCAUCACCAAUCACUGGGUUCCUCAUAUAGGUGGCGAGCAGGUCCCCGACACCCAGUUCAUCAAAGAUAUCAAGUCCGCAAUCCACGUCAUGGCGACCACCUUCGUAGGCCACGUUCGCCGGCUUCGGAAAGAGUUCGGCGGCCGAGCUGCAGAAGAGGCUAUUUUUGCAGUUAGCCUAAGGGACGUUGAGAAAGCUUUAAAACCGAAGAAAAUCUACACUGAGGAACAGCUCCGCGAAAAGAUUCCCGAAAAGUACCAUGAUCUCUUACCCCUCUGGAUAAAAGAGGAAGCGGACAAGGCCAACCCUCAUCGUCCCGGUGUCGACCACAAGAUCGAGCUCAAAAAGGGCCCCGAUGGCAAGGAAUUACCAGUCCCCUUUGGGCCGCUCUACAAUAUGGCCCGCGAAGAGCUUCUAGUCUUGAAGAAAACACUUAAGGAUUUUCUAGACAAAGGGUUCAUCCGCACUAGUAGCUUAGAAGCGGGAGCCCCAGUCUUAGCAGAUCGCUAUCCCCUACUGCUCAUCAGCGAGACGUUCCGUGUCUUGAAAGGAGCCAAGUGGUAUACCAAGGUGGAUGUCGUUCAGGCGUUUCACAAGAUACGCAUGGCUAUGGGAGAGGAAUGGAAAACGGCUUUCAGGACCAGUUACGGGCUUUUUGAGUGGUUUGUGGUCCCCUUCGGGUUAACAGGCGCGCCAGCUACGUUCCAGCGGUAUAUCAACUACAUUUUGCGGGAAUAUUUGGACGACUUCUGCACAGCUUACAUGGGUGAUGUCUUAAUCUAUACCUCAGGCACGAAAGAAGAGCAUGAGGAAAAAGUCCGCUUGGUACUUGAGAAGCUCUUAGACGCAGGCUUGCAUCUGGACCCCGAUAAGUGCGAAUUCGCAGUCAAGAAGGUCAAGUGCUUGGGGUUCAUUGUUCACGCUGGCGUCGGCGUUCAGGCCGACCCCGAGAAGGUCAAGGCGAUCCUAGAAUGGCUUCCUCCUAAUUCGCAAAAGGGGGUGAGAAGCUUCCUCGGGUUCGUUAACUACUACCAGAUGUUCAUACCCCAGUUCUCAAAAUUUGUCGCUCCGCUUACGGCAUUAACCGGGAAGGGAGUCACUUUUGAAUGGACUAAGGAGUGUGAAAGCGCUUUCCAACUGCUGAAAACGCUCUUCACUCGAGCCCCCAUCCUUACGGAGUUUGACCCAGAUCGGAAGACGUUCCUCGAGACGGACUGCAGUGGCUUUGCCUUGGGCGGUGUAAUCUCUCAAGAAGUCGAUGAUUCCGGCAAGCGAGCAGUUGUUGGUUAUCACUCCCGGAAACUCAAUACUGCUGAAUGGAACUACCCUGUUCACGAUAAGGAAAUGCUAGCAAUUAUUAGCUGUCUGGAGCAAUGGUCGGCUGAAUUAAGGAGCUGCGAGUCGUUUAUCAUUCUCACUGACCACCGGAACUUGGAAUACUUUAUGAAGAUGCAGCGGCUCUCGGAACGUCAAGCUCGCUGGGCGGAAUAUCUGUCACGGUUCAAUUUCAGCAUCAAGUACCGCCCGGGGUAA